AUGGCAACAUUUUAUCAUUAUACUUCAACAAAUGAGAAACCGCAGCACGACGGCUGUCCUCCGGGCGCCGACUCGUGGUGUAAGUGGCGCGUCGCACAAGCCUUGGGGCAAGAAUUUGACCAUCCAGAUCCACUACAUGAAGAUGUGCAAAAACAUAUUCGUCCAAUUUAUGAAGAUCUGUCACGGGAUGAUUUGUUGGAGAGAUGUUUAGGUGGGCAUACACAAAAUGCUAAUGAGAGCUUCAACGCUAUCGUCUGGCGUUUAGCUCCUAAACAUCUCAAUUGUGGUAAAAAAAUCAUUGAGAUAGCUGCUUUUUUGGCUGCCGGCAUGUUUAACGAAGGAUUUUCGUUCGUCCUUCAAACAAUGCAACAUCUCAAUAUCGUAAUUGGAAAGCAGAGCAAAGGAUUCGCCGAUAAUGACGACAAACGCCGUAUUGAACAGCAGGAGCGCCGCUCUCUUGAUGCCACCAAAGAGGCUCGUACUUUUCGACAACAGGAAAAAACGGCUCAAUUAGAACAGUUUGAAGAAGAGGAGGGU